AUAAAUAAACUAAUACGAGCGGACGGAUCACAAAUAAACUAACACCAACAAGGAACACAGACCGAAGCCGGGAUAAAAGAGAACACAGAUAGACAUGGGCAAAACACAGACGUACGCAGUCCAGGAGUGAACACUAAGACGUGAAUAAGAACGCAGGACAUAACUAGGAUAUGAGACAAGACAGAUACUACUGAAGACAAGGAACGAGAGAAACAGGUGAGACCGGUGCAGCCCUGUCACGCCCACAGCGCCCCCUUUCGGCCCGGACGGCCCACCACGCCCCGGCGCCUGUGAAAGGGUACCAUGUCAGCCGUAGCAUGUCCCAGCAUUCCUCGGGCGGAGGAGGCCCCUGCCACUGCACACCUGAGGACUGUGACGGCCCAGGCAGAGACUACUACAAGGGUCACAGUGAUGGCCACUAUUACCCUACAGGAGGUCCUGCUGAAGCCCUGGCGCUUGAGAGGCACCAUUCCCACUCCCAUAGCCAUUCUGGAGGGGGAACCUUCCCCCGCUCCCACCCCAGCCAGCACCCACCUCUCCAGUCGUUUGACUCUUGCGAGGAGUGCCUGUCCUCAGGCCACGGAGGGAAGAUGCAUCGCAUUCCUCCGAACCUGAUUGACCAGUUUGAGAAGCAGGUGCCCUUUCAUCCUGAUGGCUUCCACACACUACAGUAUCAGCGCACCACUAGUGGGGGUGCUGAGCCACGCAGCGAGAGCCCCUCACGUAUCCGCCACCUGGUCAACUCUGUGCAGCGCCUCUUUGCCAAGUCCCAUUCCCUGGAGGCACCAUCCAAACGGGAGUACAACGGCACAAGGGGAGGUGGGGACUACCGUGGCGAGAGAGGAGGAGGAGGCCACAGAAGUGGAGGGGAGGACGGCGGCAGCCACUACUCAGGCCACCAGCCUCGCUCUACCAGGAGGAGCAAGUCUCGAGAGCGAAGCAAGAGUGGAGACUCACGGCACGAGUCGGGCAGACGCCACCGCAGCAGGACAGCAGGCUGGUGGAGCUCUGACGAUAACCUGGACAGCGACAGCAGCUUCCUGGUCAGCGGGGGCAGACGGGGGUAUCCCAGUGGACACGAGAGCCUGGAUGCAGCCAUCCAAGAGCUCACCAUGAAGAGGCCCAAGGAGCGUGGUGGGCCGGGGCCUGCGGAGUGCAUGGCCUGUACCACAAUGGCCCUGGCCGGGGGUGAAGGUGGCGGACACCAUGGGCACCACGGCCACUCUCUGAAAAGGAGCACGUGGUCGGCCAUGACAGUGAGUCAGGCCAGGGAGGUGUACCCCUCCACCAGGGGAGGAGGCUACGAUAAAGCCCUUGUGCCUGUGGAGAGUAAGCUAAAGGAGAGGACCUUCCACUACCUACAGGUCCCGUCAGAAGACUGGGGAGGUGGAUAUUGCGGUGGCGGUGCAGCCGACAGUGGAGGGGAGAUUCCAUGCCGUCGCAUGCGGAGCGGCAGCUACAUCAAGGCCAUGGGCGACGAUGACAGUGCUGACUCAGACACCAGCCCAAAAGCCUCGCCUAAGUCUACCCUGAUUGCCCAGAGGGAUGCCUUUAGACGAGCUAUCAGCAUGGAUCAAAGGUACUCAUGUAAGCAGUGUACAGACUCCUACCCCAACAGCCGAACUACACCUAAACCCCAAGCCCGCACUCGUAGUUACACCCGCUCUCUGACCAGCUCACAGCUGGGAGACUCGUUGAACCGUCAGUUUGAGGCGGUGUGUGAGACCAUGUUCGGUGAGGUGGAGUCUCAAGCUGUCGAGGCCCUGGAUCUUCCAGGUGUGUUUCGCACCCGCAGCCACAGCUACGUCCGCGCCAUCCAGGCUGGCUGCUCCCAGGACGACGACUGCCUCUCUGUCUUCUCCAUGUCGGGCCCCCAGGGAAGCAUCAAGGGCGGGGCUGUCUUUCCUUAUCGUAAAGGUGCUCCUCCCCCACUCCCACCUCGCAUGUCCAAGUCUUCGCUCUCGGUGCGAGCCCAGAGCAGCACAGAGUCAACCCAGGAUGCCUACUUCCAGAGCAGCGGACAGCUGGCCUCAAGCUCGGGCCCUGGGCGCACCAAGAUGCACAGCAACUCUGUGGACCUGGGCAGUUCCGAUGGCCCCUCUGGUCGCUCCUCCAGAGGAGGCUACUACACCGCCACGGGACCUGGACGUUCUCGACAGCACAGUAACUCGGCAGAGAGCCUAGAUGGAGUCAGAGGUUCAAGGGAGCUGGUGCCCUACGGAGGUGGCCCGGGAGUCGGGGUGAGGGCCAAACACAGCAGCUCGGCUGACAGUCUGCUGGAGGGGCCACCAAGGCCGGCAAGAGAGAGAGACGGCAGGGUUGGGGGCAGCCUGGGAAAGUCAGCCUCUCUGCCUCAGAACAGCAUAGUGCUGAGUAAAGCUGGGGGGCAGGACGAUGGACGCGGUGGAAGAAAGUGGAGGCCAUCCAUAGCUGUGCAGGUGGACAGCUCAGAGACUCUGUCAGAUUCAGACGCAGAGGGCAAAGGACUUACAGAGGUCCACUCUAUAGGCGUCCAAGUGGAAGAUGACAAAAGGCGGGCUCGUUUCAAGCGCUCCAACAGCGUGACAGCGAGCGUGCAGGCAGACCUGGACCCUGAGGGCUUCCAGGGGCUCAGCAUCGCCGUGCCAACACAGGACAAGAGUCUCCAGUUUGGCUGUUCCUUCCAAAGGCACUCGUCAGAGCCAGAGUCAGCCAGCCAGUUUACAGAGUGCCACCGCACCGUCCACACACAGGGACAAUGGGCCUACAGAGAGGACAUGAUCCAGAGUGGCUAUACUACUGAGGCCUGCCCAGCAGACCCACGGCCACACCAGCACCCACACUUGCCUCCACGUUCCCACUCACCUCUGCCCAUCACCUCUGAGAGAGCCUGGGCAGGGACACCGUCCCUGGAGGGCCCCCGGAGCCUGCCCGACUCGGGCCGAGCCUCACCCUGCAUGAGAGAUGGAGAGUUCUUCUUACGUCUCCUGCAAACGGAGGUGGAGAGGAUGGAGGGCUGGUGCCAGAACAUGGAAACAGAGGCAGAGGAGAACGAACUGCCAGAGGAGAUUCUUGAGCUGAUUCGAAAUGCAGUUGGCAGUGCCCAGAUGCUCAUGUCUCAGAAAGUCCAGCAGUUCUUCCGCCUCUGCCAGCAAAGUGUGGACCCAUCAGCAUACCCCCAGCCCACCUCUCAGGACCUGGCAGGCUUUUGGGACCUGCUCCAACUCAACAUAGAGGACGUCAGGGUCAGGUUUCAGGACCUCCAGAGGCUCAAGGAUUCUAAUUGGAGACUCCCACCUGAAAAGAAGGAGGAUAAGAAGCUUCCUCCUCCCUUACCAAAGAAGCCAGCAGGUGGGGUGAGUGGCAGCCUCCGGGCCGAUAGUGUCGGGGAUGGGGGCGCUGGAGGUGGGUCGGGGGGCCUGGUGGUGCCUCGCAUUGGGGGACAUACCUUACCCAUCAGGGAGAAGUCCCUGGACCUCGGGGACCGUCAGAGGACAGAAGCGAGGAGGAGGCUGUUGCAGACCAAGCGCACUGCCUCCUUCAGGCAGAACUCGGCCACAGAGAGCGCAGACAGCAUCGAGAUCUACAUCCCCGAAGCCCAGACUCGACUCUGAGCACAAGCCUGAGCUGUUUCCCACUCACCCUCCUCACUUACCCUCACCCCAGCAAAGCUGACGUGCGUACCAAUCUCAGUCUUUCUCUGAGCCCAGUUUGGGAUCUUCUGCGGGUCACUGCUGUUUAUCCGCUACCCUCCCUUCCAGCAUUUCCAUCACUUCACUUUCCACGACUUCAAAAUCACUUGUCUUUGCAUUAUACAAGCAAUGACAGUCAUUUUAGUGUCUUGAAAUUUUACUGAUACAGAGGCCUGAAAUGGUAGCUAGCAGAUAUGAGUUGUAGACUUUUUUAAAUAAUUCUCUGAAUUUCUUUUUUGGCUGACAACAAACAAGAAAAAGUCACACUUUUAUAACAGUAGUCAGCGGAGGUUCACGCAGUAGUAGCAUGCCUGUGCGUGUUCAUCUAGUGCUUCUCCAUCAUUGAAAAUAAAGGGCUUAACAGGCACAAAACCUCUGUGGAGAUGGGGGAUGACACAUCUUCCUAUGGACCCCCUGUUACCAUCUCCAGAAUGCCAUUUGCAACAGAAAUAACUAAGUUUUAACCACACUCUUCACUAAUGCUACUAGUAUGGAUGAAUAAACAUGGAUUAAUUUCUCACCAUCAGUUUAAAUGCCCUUAAAGUCAGAUGGUUGGCAAUCCCCAAAGAACAUUCUCCAA